AGAAGAAGUUGUUGUUCUUCUGGUGUUUCUUGUACUUUCCUUCUUGUGGUAAAACUUGUAAACAGUGGGUUUGUGGUCGGUGUGUCACAGCAGAAUGCCAAAGAAAAGGAAAAACGGACUGAGCCCCUCCCGAGCGGCUGAAUACGGCAGCGGCUCCGAAAGUGGAGCACACGGGGCGAGUGGCUCCUCUGUGGCCCGGCUGGACUCCUCAGAUGACCGCUUCGGAUCCACGCAGUUCAGGAGCGUUCAGCUGGAACCACAAAGCCGAGACGAAAUCGUCCAGAGCAUGCAGGAGAUGUUUUCACAUCUGGACCCCGAUGUCAUUUACAUGGUGCUUUCAGAGGCAGAUUUUAAAGUGGACAAUGCAAUGGAUUCUCUUUUGGAGCUGUCAGACGCUGCUGAGGGCACAGCCCCACCCCCUCCUCCGGUCUCAGGGUUUGAGCAGGCUGCCGCUCUCCUGGGAGCGAACAUCACUCAGGCAGCGCAGAGCUUCGCCUUUUCAAACCAGCCUGCAUCACAACCGGAGCUCAAUCCUUCUGAAACACUCCUUACAGAAGAGUUUGAUGCUCUCAUAGAUCAGGAACUUCAAACGUUGACGGCACAGCAGACUCAAACCAUGUCCUCCAUACCUCUGUCUUCUCUGCCCCCUCCUUCUCAAUCGUUCCCUCUGUCCUCGCUGCCUCUUACAUCCCAGACUCAGCUUCCAGCUCCUCAGACUUUACCAGAGCAGGCCUCUUACUCUGAUCCCGGGCUCAGUGAGGCCCGUGGUGGUAGUUCACCGGUGAAUGAAUUAAGUUUUGGUGGGGCUCAUAUCCCAGAGACCAAAACCUUAUCUGUUGACUUCAGUCACCUAACACUGGAGGCCAGCUCUACUGGACCAAGACCCUCAGCAUUUCAGGUGUACCGUAGACCUGAUCAACUCCGUAACCACACAAUGUCAAAGCAGCAUCAAGAAGCUCUCAGCACACCUGCCAUGUUCUGGAACACUCAGGCUGCUGAGUUUCAUCCCCGCGCUGUGAGGCCUGCCUUCAUUACACCUGUCAUUCCUAACUCCACACCAUGGAGCUCUAAUGCCAUCCCUGCUGCUCAAUGGUUGGCUCAUGGACCUAUCAGACAAGCACCUCUGAAACCUUCUGCAACUGUACCGAAGUCAUGGACUCUGCCCUCCAGGAACAGGCUCAAAUUAGAAGGGCAGGUGUUGGUGUUACUUCGAGGGGCUCCUGGAUCAGGCAAAACCACCCUUGCCAAUGCUAUGUUGGCGCAGAACCCUGGAGGGGUUGUUUUAAGCACUGAUGCUUAUUUUACUCGAAAUGGAGAGUACCACUUUGAGCCCCAUUUACUAGGAGAGGCCCACGAGUGGAAUCACCAGAGAGCAAAAGAGUCUUUCGGAAAAGGCCAGUCACCCAUCAUAAUAGACAACACCAAUAUGCAAUGUUGGGAGAUGAAACCAUAUGUUACUAUGGCACAGAAACACAGAUAUAGGGUGCUGUUUCGUGAGCCAGAUACCUGGUGGAAAACUAAACCCAGAGAGCUGGAGAAGCGCACAAGGCAUCAAGUAUCAAAAGAGAAGAUCCGACGCAUAUUAGAAAGGUAUGACCGAUUUGUCUCUGUCCAGAGCAUCAUAAAUUCACAAAGACCGGAACCGGUGCCAAGUGUUUUGGAUUUGACCCAAACAGAGACUGAGCAACCCCAGCAAUCUUUACCCCCUGGCCUCAGCCAUCCUGAUCUUGUUGGAGACUCCGGGUUGAGCAAACUGAACACAAACCUUUCCUCAUCUCUGCCCGAUGUGUCCUCUGUUAGCCAGACUUACAGUACCAAAUCUGCAGGUGAGGAAGAAGGUGAAAUAAGCUCCCACAGUUCCAAGGAAUCCAUGUUGUUCCGUGAGAACAUUCUUGAAGGGUCUGGAACACCUCAGUCUGAUCUGCUCGAUGCCGAAGGGUUAGACUUAGAGCUUGAUGCCUGCCUUGCGGACACGGAAAAAGAAUUGGGAAAUUUGAGUUGCUGGACAACUGAAGAAUUUGUAGCUUCAGCGCAUGAAACGUUUCCGGAGCUGCCUGUGGCGUUUUCAGAGUCCAUUGCUCAGCGUGUGAGGAGGGACAGAGUAAAAGACAGAAAUGUCCUAGGAACUAGUACCGUGGAUCAACCUGUGAACUUUGACCCCAGGAUUGAUUCCUCAGGACAAGAUAAGGAGGAGGGAUGUGAAGUUGAGUCUGAAGACAAAGGUGUGAGGCCAGAGCUGUUGGAUUUUGUGGGGGACUGGCCACUGGAGUCUCAAAGUCAACGUCAAGGAAGACGUCAGAAUUCAAGAAAUAACACACUUAAGAACACUGAUUUGGAAUCCAGUGUUGUUGAACACAAAGAUAACACUUCUGCUGAUGAAGACAAGCAUUCUGAUACUGAGAAGCUGAAUACAGUUGAAUUUCAAAAACUUGUAGAUCUACUGCAAGGUGGAGUAAACUCUUCUCUCCAAGCUCCAAGUAAACGGGCUACUCUGCAUUCCCCUUCCUUUGGUGGAAAAGAGAGUAACUUGAACCUGGAGACUAUGGUUUGGCCUGAACUCCCUGACUGUGUGCUGGAGAGAACGUUCUCAGAGUGCACUGACUCAUGCAAGGAUUAUUCAAGUCCAUCGAAACAGAGAGCAGACCCAACUGAGCGGUCUACUCCGGUGUCUGCUGAGAAGCGCACACAGGAUGCGGUUCAGCAGGAGGACAGUGUGUUGUCAGAAGAGAAAUGCAGAUUGAGCCCAAAUGUCCAAGAAACUCUGUGUUCGAAGGUUGUCGUAGAUUCAGAGAGCAGUCUGGAGAGACGGAGAGGGCUUAGCAGGAGAGUGGGGAAAUCUUGUAAACUGGCACUUACCUUCACCAAUCAAGGCCCUUUGUCGCCUUGCUCACAAUCUCCAGCUAUUUUGCAUGAGCCCACUGAUCUCGCACCUACAGGAGAACCACCUUCAUUGCCCGUGGUGUUAUGUUCCUGUGCCUCGACCCAAACACAACCUCAGGACUUUGCCUUGCUUUGGAGAAUUGACCAGCAGAAAUGUUCUGAGUUAGACUCUAACUUAUCUAGUAGUGGUGUGUUUGUUUCGGAGGGAAACUCUUUGCGUUUCACCCCAAAAACAAAUGAAGAGCAGUCUGCCUGCCAGCGGGGAGUGCCGUACUGUGUGGUCCAUGAGAAGGGUUCUCAGGUGGAAGAGAACGACUUUAGAGAAUCUCACUCUAAAAAGCAAAACCUCGAGAUUCUGAGCCACCAUUUCAGACGUGUCUCCAUGGAUAAUCUGGAGGACCUUUAUGAGAAGUGCCAUCAAGAUAUUGAGUGGACAACUAACUUGUUACUAGAUUCUGGAGAAAGACUGUCUAAAGAAGAUUAUGAGGAUGACGAGGUUGACAUGGGGUCUUUGGUUCCUGGGGAAGAGUCAUGUGAACUAUCUAUAAAACCAUCAGAAACUUUGAUGGGCUCAGAAAGUGACUCUAGUAACAGGUCAGCAAGUAGCAUCAGUCCCAAGUUUCAGGAAUCUAACUUUAGUGAUGUUAGCCAAGCUGAUGAUGAUUGGAGUCCAGGUCUAAGUUCACAAAGCGAAGCUGAAGGAUCUGAUGAGGCGAGCAUGACAAUGAAAAAAUGUGAGCCCAAAACUUCCUUUGCGAUAGAAGGCACUAAAGUACAACUGGAGGUUACAGCAGCUAAUGAGGAACAGCCAGACAAAACAGGUCCAGGGCAGGAAGAGGCAUUAGAGACACAAGGUGAGAACGUUGUUCAGUGCCUUGAGGGAGCAUUGAAGGAAGGGAGCGAAGAGGAAGAAAAGGAGGAUGAGGAGACAAGAACCGAGGUGAAUGCCAUAACUCAGUCACUGCUGUGUCAGGUUGACGAAAUGGAGCGCAAAGAGGAGGAGGAGAGGAAGGAACGAGAAAGGGAGAGAAAGAGAGCCGGACAGGGGGGAAGAGAGCCAAAUUCAAUGGAUAUUCAAACCUUGGAGCUGAAACUUCCGACUGAACUUGCAUUGCAGCUCUCUGAGCUUUUUGGACCUGUUGGGGUCAGUCCAGGUGCGUUUUCAUCAGAUGACUGUGCAGUGCAGAUAGACCUGAACUUGGCCAAACUGCUGCACCAGAAAUGGAAAGAAACUAUUCAAGAGAAGCACAGACAGGCAGCUCUGUCCUAUCAACUAAUGCAAGAGAGUCCUGUCCACUGGGAUGAAUCGCAGGGAAGCAAAAGCAGGCUGAGGGACCAAUUAGGUUUGCGUGAAGAAAUUCCUUUUAUGGAUCACUGGAGUGCAUCCCGUGCUCCUGUCUCACUGAGGGACAUCAUGAUUGAAGAGCAGGUGAUGCAAGACAGCAUGGAGAAGUCUAGGUCAAGUCUGAGGGACCUGGAUAAGAAAGACGGUGCAGCCAAGUUGAAGGAGAACCAGCUGUUUUCCAUGUUCCCCACCAUAGACCGACAUUUCCUCAGGGAUAUCUUCAGAGAUCACAAUUACUCUCUGGAGCAGAGCGAACAGUUUUUGCAUGCUCUGUUGGAUGACGGGCCAGUUAAAAACGUAGUGGCUCCUGAACCUGCUCCUCAGCGUAAUGGCGCGCACAGAACUCCGAGCAAAGAGCGGAGAUGGAAACCGAGAGAUGGGGAGGCGGAAGCUGCUCAAUUCCAGGAUUCGGAGGAUCCAGAAUAUAAGGACUUCCGCACAGAGGCAACACUGCAGAGACAUCAGCAGAUAGAGUGUUUUAACAAGGCAGCUGAAGCCCAUCGGCAGGGACGCAAGGAUGUGGCUAGUUUCUACGCACAACAGGGUCACACGCAUGGGGAGAAGAUGCGUGAAGCGAACCACCGAGCAGCCAUGCAGAUAUUCCAGCAAGUGAAUGCUUCACUCCUGCCUCAGAAUAUUCUAGAUCUCCACGGACUGCAUGUGGAUGAGGCCCUUCAUCAUCUUAGUCAGGUUCUCACCGACAAAAAUUUAGAAUUGAGUCAGGGUUUGUGUCAGCCUCAGCUGUCAGUCAUCACGGGAAGAGGCAAUCGCAGCCAAGGAGGAGUGGCACGCAUCAGGCCUGCUGUACUAGACUACCUCAAAAACCACCACUUCAGGUAUACUGACUGCAUCCAGCGCUCUUGCAAUGUGUCUUUCUGAAUGCUACAUUGAUUCACUACAUG